CAAUAUUUGACAAAUGGCCGAGCUAUAGCUGUCACUUUCUUUCACAAGGCGUAAACAUCGAAGCAUUUAUGAUAAAUCACUUUUAAAAUAAUUAUGGAGUCAAUUUGUAGAUUGUGUUGUUCUACAAAAUUCGUAAACAAUAAUUUAUUUGAUGAGGAAAAUGCUCUGUACCUGAAAAUGGAAUUAUACUUGCCGUUUAAAGUGAAAAAAAUGGACCGGCUGCCACAGAAGGUCUGUGAUCGCUGCAGUUGCAAAGUGAACGAUUUGUACCAGUUCUGUAACGAAGCAAUUGAAGCCCAGGACAGGUUACGAGAGAUGAUGCGGCAUGUGGAGACAAACCUAAAUGAUUCAGUAGAUCUCACACUUACUAAACAAGAAACUAUUGCACCCUCACCUGCUGCCUGUAGUAGGCGAGAGCAGGGCACACAGACAGAACUGGCGACGGAACCCACACAAUCAUCAAAUAAACCCAAUGUAGAAGUUCAAAUUAAAGUUGAACCAACAUCAUUGUCACCAUCAGAGGUAAAAUCAGAGAAUAAAGAAGAAAUGGAAGUUGAAUCUAACAAUCAUUUUGAUAAUCCUGUUGAUCUUCCUACUGACAAUAGUGAUGAUAAUGUUUCCCUUAUAUCACUGAAGAAAAAGAAACGAGGUCGCAAACCAAAUGCUAAUGGAGAGGCUAAACGAGGAAGAAAAAAGAAACCAAAAGAUUGGGAGCAGCUAAUAAACACUUUGCCCAAUGAUACUGCUGUCACAAUGGUGGAGAAACCAACAGUACCAAUACCUAUGGAUGUAAUGAAGGAAGAGGUAGUCUUUGGCUACAAGGAGGAGGCCCCAGACCUUCUGGUGAAGCGAGAGCCCAAUGAGGACAUGUACCAGUGUUGCAUUUGCUUCAUGCAAUGCUUUAACAGGAAUGACAUGUUACAACACUAUAGGGAGCACGUGGACGCGUCGGAGGCGUGGGGCGCGCCGCCGCCCGCGCCGCCGCCGCCCGACCAGCAGCCGCUGCGCUGCGUGCGCUGCCGCAAGGUGGUGGAGCCGGCGGAGUGGGCGGCGCACUGGCAGCGGCACUGGGAGCGCGACCGCCGGCCCUACACGUGCGCGCUCUGCGAGAAGACCUUCCGCGACCCGCACCAGAUCCUCAAGCACGGUCAGACGCACAAGUCGGGCGAGGCGCUGGCCAACACGCAGGAGCUCACCAAGCGGUUCGUGUGCGACCUGUGUCCCGAGAGCUUCGUCUACAUGAGGUUGUGCCCAGUGCCGGGCCCGGUGCGAGACUCAACCACAACAACAUUAGACAACAACCACCUCUGCAACGUGUGCGGCAAGGCGCUCACCUCGCGCGAGCACCUCAAGUUCCACAUCCGCAUCCACACCGGCUACAAGCCCAACGUGUGCAAGGUGUGCGGCAAAGGCUUCGUGAAGAAGUGUAACCUGACGCUGCACGAGCGCGUGCACUCGGGCGAGAAGCCGCACGUCUGCUCGCACUGCGGCAAGGCCUUCAGCCAGCGCUCCACGCUCGUCAUCCACGAACGGUACCACAGCGGCGCGCGGCCCUACGUGUGCGCGCUGUGCGGGCGCGGCUUCGUGGCCAAGGGACUGCUGUCCAUGCACCUCAAGACCACCUGCAUCUAGCCGCUUCUGCCUUCUACCGAGCCCAAGCGAACGCGCCCAGCCAGAUGUCAUCACAAGCUUGGCAGCAUGGACCGUUCACAGACUGAGUUAAAGAUAAGUAAAAUAAAUGCGCAUAUGUUUUACUCACUAAUAAAUAUACGUUUCGUAUGGCUUUAGAAAAUAGGUUCCGUUAGGCCCUUGGUCGCGGCAGGUCGAGAUUUUUCGGUCCCUUUUUGGUUCUCUGUUGGAUUCUUUGGAGUUACAUUGUUGUAAUCUAGACGUAAGUUUCCUUAUUCGCAUUCGCGCAAUACAAAUUAACAAAUGCACAAACAGUAUUAAAAUAAAACCGUUUAAAAACCUCAUUCAGACACUAGAAUACGGAUUAUAUUUUGGGCAUUUGCCAUUUUACUGUAAGUGCCAGCCAAAAAAAUGGUACUUUAGUUAGUACUCCUUGUUUGGCGAAAUGUUGAUAUGGUGUCGAAGUUGUAGGAUAAUAAUAAUUAUGUUUAUUAAUGAGUAUAACGUAUGCGCGCCAUAGAAGUAUACGACACGAGCCUCACAAAGUGUUAAAUGUGAUAAUUUUAAAUAACCUGUUGAUCUAUCGGUGAGGAUUUCCUAUUAAUUUCGGCACGUAAAUGCAACUAUGUAAAUAAGCGAUCGUGUAAUAUUGGGCAGCACACCCUGUAAGGUUAAUCGUAAGCAAUUUUUGUAAUAUUUAAGAUAUCGUUGUACGUAUAACUUUAGUAAGUAAUUUUUUGGUCUGUUAAGCUUGGUUAUUUAUUACAUAUAUUUUUUAUGUCUGUCUACAUUUUUUUACCAAUAAGACUCGUCAUAGCUAUAUUUUGGCCAGUAGUGAAAUUCAAGUUAGUUCCAAAUAAUUCGCAGGGUAAACCGUCAUCACCGUUCUUCUCUUCUCAUUGGCCAAAAUGACACUGGUUUAGUUCCGUCUAGUUAAAUAAUGUCAAUAUCAAGUCAGUUAAUUAUCAAUUUCAAGUAGAUCUAUUACAUAACAUUGUAUAUUUUUGGUUAUCAAGUUAAUAGCUAAUAUUUACAUUUGUAUAUUUAAAUAUUUCAAGCUUAUAUUAUUACAUGAGUUGUUUAAUUGUUUUUGUAGUAAUACAAUUCGUUGUAAAGUGCAUUGGAUACUGACUGGUCUAGAUUCCUACUUUUACUAAACAUUGUUAAUUUAAGAUAUCUCCGCCCGUGAAAUUUUGUCGUAACUCGUUACAAAUCAGCAUUUAGGCCCGUAUUAUUAACAACCAAAACUGUUUGUGACAGUUUUGUUUUAAUAAUUAUGGUAAUUAUGUACUGGCUACUAUCUAAAUUCAUGCUUGAAUGCAGUUUCAUAUAAUACGGGCCUAAAAUCGGAAAAGUAUGUAUACUUAUAAAUGAUUAUAUUGUGUAAAUAUGAGAAUGAAUGCGAUCAUGGUUAAAAAUCCAACGCCAAGGAACGUCACAUACUACACUCAUUGUGUUCCUAUUCUGUACACUCACGAAGUUAAUAUUACUUAAACAUGAUUACAACAGAAAUCAACUUACAGUUUACACAGUUUGGCAUAUGGCAGUAACUUUGCAGCAUUUCGUGAGGUAUGUUCAGAUUCGGGACACAAGUGUUUGAGAUGAGACAAAGAUUUUUAUGUAUUUUUGUGUUGGUCCUAAUGAUUUUAUGUACCUAAACUAUCAAUGUGAUGCAGUAUUGGAGAUCUUAUGUCGAUUAUUUAAAAGUCCAAUUCAGGUAUUAGUAUUUAAUUCAUGUUCUAUGUUGUUUGAAUAUUUUGUUACGUGUAGCGCGCUCUGUGUACUACUUACCUUUAAUGUUAUUUUUAUGAGGUGUACUGACGGCACUGCUUAGAAUUGUUAUUGGCCGACAAAUACAUACAGAAUGCUGAAAAAUUACUUUAAAGUAAACUGUAAAAGCAAUCAAAAUAAUAUUUAAGAUUUGACAUGAUAUGAUGGAUGAAUGAUACUUAUGAAAGUUAUAAAAGCAGCUUGACUAUUAGAAAGACAUAAUAAGUUGAUAUAAAAAUUUAAUAAUUAAUUUAAUGCACAUUAUUAUUUAAAAUGUUAUUAUAAUAAAAUGCAUAAACAAAAAACUCGUAUUCGAGUUGUCUAUACAAUUAUACAUACAUACCUAGUAGGAAACUCAAAACUAUUGAAUGUGGAUGUUUAAAUAUCGAUGUAGACUCUUGUUUCACUUUUAAGAUUUAUUUUUUUAGUUUUAAUUGUAGAAUUUGUUAACAAAAGAUCUACACGAACGCGCUACACAGGGUGUUCACAAGUGCCUCAGAUGUGAUACGUUAAAUUAAGCGUGUAGUCACUCAUUAGUUAAUAAACAUUACUACCCAGAUAA